UCCUUCUUCGCAAUCCCUUAUCCUACAUCUAUACAGCCCGUGUCCCUCUCUGUACACGCUGCGUCCUCUGCCGCCGUCAUCUCCGUCUCGACCAUCACACGCGCUUCCAGAAUGUGCGACUCCCGUCAUUGGAAUGGGUUACAACCUCCUGUACGCUCAGUGUACCGGGCCACACUGUACAUAUGGAUGAUGUGGGCCCACGUAGCAGCCGCAAAUGACAAGAUCGCGGCAGCACCAACGUCCAGCACUACUCAUGUUGCUCUCAUACCCUCGGCGCCAAGACCUCUUGGUCUCAUCCCGCCCGAGUCCGCGGAUGUGCAGUCAAUCACACCUCCACAAACGGGUUUGAUCCCCUCUCAAUCUCGCCCGCCUGUACUUAUUCCAUCACAACCUCAAACCUUCAUCAUAACGUCUCAGGCUGGGCCUCCCUCAGCACUCCCACAAUCAACAUUACGGGAGCCAGGCGGAGGCAUAAUUCCUUCCGCGCCUCCAUCCUUAACCAACCUGCCACCUUCUUCGAUAAUCUCAUCGGGACCUAUUAUAUCCUCCAACGCGACUUCUUCUGGUUUCCCAAAUGGGAACUUCACAGGCCCGGUGCCGUCCAUGCCGACCUCCAGCGAUCAGGCAUUGAAACCCAUACCUGCGCCUUCAAGUGAUCCUGGUUCUCCAGACGGACACCAUGAAAUCCCCGAGCCCGGUCUUGUAGGACCUUGCCGAAACUGUAACCCAGAUAUGCAACUUCCAGCUACAGGCUUCAAUGAUGGUCCGUCGAGUAAUUUACCAACUAGCUCUCCACAUGUUAUCGCGGAGCCCCAGCAAAGCCCCGCGCAGCCCAAGAGCCCCCAAGGACAAGUUACGAUUACCGUGGGCCCUUCUAAUGUCGUUAUUAGACCAUCUCCAACAGGACAGGGCAACGGGAAUAGUGGCGAGAGUGGUGGCGAUGGCAGCGGGGGAGGCGGUGGCGGAGGAGGGACUGGUGGUGGCGGUGUUACUGGGGGAGAACCAGGAAGAGAAAGCGAUGACAGCAGCAGUGGUGAAGAUAUCGACUUCGUCAUCGGUGAUUCUGCGACUGUCCGACCUGGGCAAACGAUCACCAUCGAGAACACUCCUAUCGUGAUUCAAACAACCGCUGGACGCACGGAAGUCAUUCUUGGCGGUACACAGACCAUACCCUUCGAAAGGCCCGCACAAGCUCUCAUCACCAACCCACCUUCUGCCCCUCUUCCUGUGGCCAUCGACUCUCAAACCCUCACACCCAUCUUCGAUUCUAAUAAGAAGCCUAGCGAGCAAACACCGACCGCCUACGUUAUUCAAGGUCAAACACUGGUUCCAGGCGGUAAGGCAAUAACAAUCCAAGGGACGGUGUUCUCACUUCCUACCACACCAACUGCAAUCGUAGUGAACGGACAAACCACCACCAUAACCCCAGCCUACGGCGCCGUCAUCUCAACAACAACAAUCCCUCUACUCACACUGUUCCAAUCGACAUUCACCGCCAACGCAGCGGGGAACUAUGUUAUCGCGCCUGGGACUACGCUUAGACCGGGUGGAGAGGCCAUCACGGUGUCAGGUACUGUGAUCAGUCUGAAGCCUGGAAACACGGAGGUUGUGGUCCAGGGUAGCACAAGUCAAAUGGUGCCGGCCACUACGGUGGUCACGGUGACAAGAAGCGGGGGAAGUGUGGGCGGAGGCGGAUUUGGUGGAGAAAAUAACAGUCCGUCAGGAAGUGCUGCUGAGAUGCUGCCAUACCCUGCAGGCGUUGGGAGAAUGAGUGUAUUGGGUCUAGGACUUGGUGGUCCAUUGGAAGGGGUCUUUGCUUUGGGAGCUGUUACAGUGGGUUGGUUGGCUGUUUGGCUAUGAUGUCGGCGUGGUGAGAAGAGACGAACGUGUACCAUAUAUACCCCUCGGCCGGUGUCUUU